AUGCCGGCCUCUCUCCUCCUCCUCCUCGCCCUGGUCUCCCUUCCCUCAGCGGUGUCUCUGUCGGCGGCUGCCCAGCCGCGGCAUCCUGAGGGCUGGAGUCCCCGCGCCGCCGCCUUCCUCCUCCUCUUCCUCCUCCGUCUCCGCUCGCCUCCUCAGCUGCUCUCGGAGCCCAUGACGCCGCCGCCGCUGCCGCCGCCGCUCCAGAAACCGAGGCGCGCCGCCGCUUCUCCUUCCCCUCGGCGCCUUUGGGUUCUAUUCUCCCUCCCUCCCUCUUCCCUCGCUUCUCUAAUGGCGGCCGCAGCAGACGAGCAGCGUCGGGAGGGUAGGAACCUGCCCCUCUCGCUCUCCUCCUCCUCCUCCUCUGGCUCCCGCCGCCAUUGGCCGCCCACUUUUCCUUUUUCUUUUUUCAACCCCAGUCCGCCGCCGCUGAUUGGCCGCCAGCGCGUCACGUGGAGGGGCUCCCCGGCUGCGGCCCAGCAGCCACUGGCUCCUGGGCGAGAAACCUCGGGCGGUGGAAGGAGCCGGAGGAAGAGGAGGAAGGGGAUUGGUCGGAAGCGGAGUGAGAGAAAAAGGAGAGACGAGGCGGCGUCCGGCCGCUAG